UAUCAAAGUUUAUUAGAACGAGAUUAUAUUCAAAAUGGUUUGAUAAGUGGGGGUAUUUAGAUUUCAGUUCUACUCUUAUAAGAUCGUAAUAGAGGAUCAUACUUGAAACGGCUGAGUGAUACUAGUGAAACAGUCGAAAAGUAAUGAAAUUAAAUAAUUUUAUAAUUUAGCGGCAUUAAUGCAGAAACGGUAGCGGUAAAUGGUUGACAUGGAAGCAAACAAUGUUGACGAUGUGAGGAGUUUAAAUAUUGACAAAGUAAUGGAGUGGUUAGACGAAAGAGGAAUUUCUUAUGGCGGAUUAACGUCACUCUCUGAACUUCACGAUCGAAUUGCUGAAGAGAAGAGUAACGAGUCAAUUCCAAUCUCGCAGUUAAUUGGUCAAUUGCAUGGCGAAAUGGAACAUGUUUUGGAAACAAAUACCCAAAUGAAGAAAGCACUGUUGCUUGUGUACGACGCUGUAAUAUCCUUCUAUUCUCGUGAUCUUCCGACCGAGAUCCAAAAACAUAGCUGCAUUCGUUAUGGUGAGGACAUGAUGCAGAAACUUGUGGAAUAUAAAAAGGAAUUAUUGAAUGACGAGUGUUCAAUAGUUGUUAUUGGAGAGACGAGCGCAGGUAAAAGUAGCUUUUUUAAUCUUCUGCUCGGAGAAGAGGUCUUGCCAAGCUCCUUGCUAUGUUCAACAAAAAUGCUCUGCCACAUCCAUUCACAGGCUGCAGACAGCCCAAUAAAAUUCGAAGUAACUAGUGAUAAUGGUUUUAAAAAAUCGUAUACAGGAUACAAAGACAAUGCUCGGAGCAUGAUAAGGGACUUAGAAAGUGUUGUCACUAAUCAAAAUAGUCCGCAAUGCAAAGUGGAUAUAUAUUGGCAUAUACCAAUGCUAGGAAACAAUAAAACCGUCACACUAAUUGAUACUCCAGGCGUCGGAGCCAGUCAGCAAUUGUCAGAACGAUUGUUAGGAUAUCUACCCAAUGCAAUCGGAAUCAUUUAUAUCAUCAACAGCUCCAACGCUGGGGGAUUGCAAUACGACAGGUCAGGGCACAUUUUCGACAAAUUGAAGCGUGACACGAAGACCGGAGGCCUAUUUAGUUUUGAUCCAGACUGCAUGAUGUUUGUCCUUAACCAAUGGGACAAAAUUGAACAGAGACAAGUUGAUGAACCCAACAUAACAGAACUUGUGUGGCAAGACACGCUUACAAAAUUGACGGUCCUUAUUCCGGAAUUCGAAUGGGAAACGAGAAUGUACAAAAUGAGCGUGACAACAGCAAGCGUAUACCAGAAACAAGGAAUAGUGAGCAAACAAUAUCGAUCUGUGUUAAAGGGACUCAAGAAACUUGUGGUCGCAAGUCUCACAGGAAAUGUCAAACGCCAUUUCAGGUGGCUGACUUGUUUCACUGAACGCAUCAGAAAAUAUCUAAAAACAAGGCUAAACAACGCGGAUUAUAAGGACAAAGACGGCCAAUACAGGGAAGCAUUAACUCGAUUAUCACAGCUCGAAUUAGAUGCUGGUGAAAUACACAACGACCUGAAGAUGGAAUGUAAAAGUGUAUGUCAGAGAAUGGUGUCCGAAAUCCUCUGCCAUUUGGCUUCUUCAGAAGUCAAAGCACGUAUUAUAUCUCAAGGCUUAUCAGAUGAAACUAUUAAAACCCUAAAAGUCACAUUCGUUUCAAUGUUCUCGUGGGAAAAGGGUUUUAUACUGACAAUGUGUCAGCUAAUGGAAGAAGAAGUGAACGAAUGGGAAAAAAGAGUCCAAUUCAUAAAUAAAGCCAGGGAUGAACUACAAAAUAAGUUUUAUGCAAGAUAUCAUACUCUGUGCGAGGCUAUCACAAAGAUUGAAGCUGAAAUUGAAAGUGAGAGUUCGUCAGAUGAAAGCACGUUAUCAGAUGGACAAAAAAUAAUUUUGAUUGGAGUUGGUGUUGCGAUUGGUUACCCGAUUAUUUUGGCUGUAACAGUAGCGCUACUUCCAAUUGUAAUCUCUCGUUUAAUCUGUAUGUUUAAAUGGGCAAAUAAUCUGAAUGGAAAAGAAGAAGACGAGUUUUAUGAGAAAUGUUUCAAGAAAUCUUUGAAAAAAGCUGAUAGAAAAUACUGUGAACAGUAUGUAAAUAAACAUUAUUUUUCACAAUUGCUUACAACAAUGGCUGACAUAGUAAAGGAUAUUCCAAGGCAAAUAAAUGCUUGUAAGCAACUGGUUCAAGAUAUGACAGAACAACGAAUUUCUGCAAAGAAGAUUCAAGAUAUCUUCACACCCCCUCUUCUACACAUUCAGAGGCUCAUAGAUUCAUUGCAAGUGUUUCACUUACAUUUCUUAAACAAUUUAAAAAGUGAAUAGUAGAGCAUAUUGAUAACGUUAACGAAGCUACAAAGAUUUUCAUCGGGAAGCUACACUAUUUACAGAAAUCGUGAAAUUGUGUUAUGAUUGAACUGUUCAAUAAGUCUUAAUUCUACAUAUGUUCAACUUUAGUAGAGUACAAUAUAUUUAAUUCUAAUUAAAAAUAAGUGAAGUGUUUAGGGUAUAGUUUUAUCUCACAGAUUCGUAAGAUACAAUUUUGACCGUUUAGGCUACAUUGUGUUUAAUUAUUUACUUGUGUUAUUAUACUCAUCCAAGAAUUAAGUUGAUCGUCCGAUUGCAUGACGUUAGAACGGAGAAUUGAUUUACUUAAUGUGAAAUGACGAUAAGCUAAUAUGCACAUUGUAUGAUUAGUCAACUUUUUUUUUAAACAUUAUAAUGGUUCGAUUCAAGAGUGUGACGGAAUAAUCUGAUAACGGUUGUAUUAUCAUUUUAGCUUACCUGAGCAUUAAGUGCUUAAUGUUUGCUGUUAUGAACAGUUUUCGCCCCGCGUUUGUCACCGUGUGUCGCUCGCAGUAAGGUGUGCGUCGUCAACGUUUAGCUCUUUUAAACUCUAUAGCCACAGUUUUGGGUAAACCGUAAUAGCACUUUUUCGGGAUGUUUAAUAUCAACAAUAUCGAAGCAACUUUGGAAUUUAAGUAAAAUUUGGGGUAUGGUGUUGUAAUUUAAGUUAAGUUUGGGAUUUGGGGUCUACAUUGAUAAAAAAAUGAUCGGAACGUUUUAUAUUUACAUUGUGGCGACGUUAUAAUUUUAGUAAAGUUUGACGAAGAUUUUAGCUAAGAUUUGACCUGGUGAUUUAGAUGUUUACUUUACAUGAUCAAGUUUUGAAAAUUUUCCAGAUAUGAUUAAGACAAAACAUUAACGCUGUGUCCCCUUUCAAUGCUGUGUAUGACGCAAUCAGAAUGUUUAAAGGUUUUAAGGGAAAUAACUAUAAUGAACUUUGGGUAAUAUUGCCUUAUUUCGUACAUUUUCGUUAACUCGAAAGGUCUCCGAGUAUGUUCGUACAACUAAAAUAGUUUGAUCAAACUCAAGACAGGAUAUUUGUUCUAAUAUGCAACUCUUUACACGAAUGGCAUCGGCGGUUAGAAGGUACAGUUUACGCUUUUGCAAUCAAAAGUCCCAGAUGCGAUGGUGUUUUUUUUGUUUUUAAGGGGAGAUUACAACACUUGCGUGCUUAUAUUUUCUGUAUGCCACUUGUAACACCUUGUUAUUUCUAUCAAUAAUAUAUACCAAAAUUAGUCUUCAAUAUUUAGGUUGAUUUUUAGUAAUAACGUUUAUGAAAAAGGGGAGGGAAUGAGGUUUGGCAUCUUCAAGUGUCUAAGAAUCCGUUAGUAUUUGGUAUAUUUUUUUUAACUUUGAUUUCUGAUGCAGACGAAACGGCAAUGUGUAAUAUGCAAACAAAAUAAAGAACAUCAACUUCUAGUUUUAGAGUUCUAAUACCUGAUGAUGGUUUCUAAGAUUCGACCACACUUUAAUAAGAUUCAAACUUGAGACAGACUUUGUCAAGUUACAAAUUCAUAUAAAGUUGUAUAAUUUGGUAUACAUAACUGUGGAUACGAAAGGGUAAAACAAUUUCUUUUUAGAUUCUUGCAGUUGACAUAAUAACCAGGAAAAAUAUAAAUUGACUAACGGCCUUUUCAAAAUCAAUGUUCUUGAUAUUUAAAACUACCAUUGAAAUAAGUAACAGUUCCGAGAUAGUUGAACUUUUCGAAGAUUUGUAUAUUGUGAUCAUUAUGUGUCCUUUUUUACCAGGUCUAACUUUCAACUUUUGAGAAAAAAACAUUAUUUUUGUUUUUAAAUUGUUCACAUUUAGCCCCAGAUAAUUGCAAUACAGGUAAAGAUAAUCAAAAGGGGUAUGUACUUCUUCUGGUUAUUGCGUCAAACAGCCAUGUCAUCCGCAAAUAAUUAUAAAAUAAAGUUUAUUUCAUUUAUUUCUUAGCCAGACAGUUAAAAAAAGUUCAAAAUCUGCUACAUUAAGUGAGAAAGGAAUCAGGGAUAUUACAUUCCCUUGUCUUAGACCUACUCCAUGAUAAGUAUUCAGAAAACGGUGUACACGACUUAACACAAGAUUCAGCAUGCUCAAACAUGUUCUUAAAUAUUCUUAAUAAUUUACUUUAUAUGGCAGAUUUGAUAUUUUGUACCCACAAUGCACAGCGAUAUAUACUAUCAAAACAUUUCGAUUAUGACAUCCAAGAUUCCGAAAGAAUGACACAAAUGCUAUUACGUGUGUGUUCUCUCCUUAUAUCGCUUCAACACGAUUUGGUACAUUGUUGACGAUGGAACUCAAAUUUUUUACGAAGUUAUCGGGGCUAAAUGAUUAUAUACUAUUAGUAGUGAAAACAUGAAUUUUUAAAAACCUCUCGAAAAUUAGAGUCUGACAUACUUCAAAACCAGCAUACAUUAUCUAUCUUUGGUGUUAUUAAUUUGAUGCCUAGCCAUCAACACUUGUCAAAUAUUGUACAUUCGUUAAGAUGUUCUCACGUAAAUCUAAAUCUAAAGCUUGUAUCUCUGUCUGCAUUAGGACUAGAUAUGUUGAACAUAAUGCUCAUAAUAGACUUUUGCAAAUGUUUAAGGAUGAAUGUUAAAGCAUUUAUGUCUAUAUCAGCUUUGUCUUGUGGACACAAAUUUUUGGCAUUGUAUUGUCAGUUCGUUGUAUUAUGUAUUUAUUACACAUUGCACUUGUACGUAGCGCCAAUACAUUUUUGUUUAAAUAAUCGAAAUAUUUAUAUUAAAAGUAAUUUGUUCGACAAAAUAAUGCUUCCCGCUUUGAAGAAGUGGAGACGUUAAAAUUAAGAGUAUAAGGUUAAAGGUCAAGGUCAUGUGAACGUUUAUCAAGAAGUUGGUUUUCACACAAUAAUACUGUAUCUAGACAAUUCGUAGCAUCAUAUACAUGAGUAUCCUGGUUAAUAUCGACGAACAGGAUAAACCCGCAUAAUUUUUAAAUCAAGAGUUAUCAGGUAAAGAUAACAGGGACGACUCUGCUGCAAGUUUGGGGGCAUACACGUUUCAAAAAUAUCUAUUGUUUAAACAUUUAUAUAUCAUAACCGUUUCUGUUAAAAAAGAUCUUGAUCAUUAUUCAUUAUGAUGUAUCAAAAUGUAACCUGAACCAAGUAUAACAUCCGAAAUUAUGCUAUUGAAAAUAUCAAUAGUAUAAGCAUGUUUAUUACACUCAAUACAAUUACUAAAUCAAGAGUUAUCAGGUAAAGAUAACAGGGACGACUCUUCUGCAAGUUUGGGGGCAUACACGUUUCAAAAAUAUCUAUUGUUUAAACAUUUAUAUAUCAUAACCGUUUCUGUUAAAAAAGAUCUUGAUCAUUAUUCAUUAUGAUGUAUCAAAAUGUAACCUGAACCAAGUAUAACAUCCGAAAUUAUGUUAUUGAAAAUAUCAAUAGUAUAAGCAUGUUUAUUACACUCAAUACAAUUACAUCACUAAUAACCUGUUUUAUAAUUAUAUUCGUUUGUUAUGUGAAUACUAGAAGAAAGGGUUUAUUGUCCUUUUCCCUGAAUACGGAUCGAUAUAUUUAUGUACUCCUGUUUGUUUCCUGAUUAUACAUAUAAAAUGUGUGUUUUUUUCUGAUGAAGAGAUUUUUCAGGGAAUUUAGAAAAUAAGAAGCUUUGAAUCGUGCAUGUUUAAUAUAUAUAUAUAUAUAUAUAUAUAUAUAUAUAUAUAUAUAUAUAUCUAACAUAGUGUCUCUAACAUAGUGUUCGGGAAGUUUAUGAAUCCUUCUCGAAUCCUACCCAAAUACAACUAUGAUUUCAUGUUUGUAAAUUAAUGUUCAUGUAACUGUCCCUUCUAUGUAUGUAAACUGUUACAACAUUGGAAGAUGUGUUGCGGUAAAAGUGUGGGGUAUAUAACUGUGAAUGAACCAUCUUUACUUGGGGCUGGGGAUUUCACAGUAUGUCUGCUUCAUUCUGCACCGUAGCUAGGCGCACACGCCGAAGUCUCCAAUAGGAAUAUGUCUGUCUGUUUGUCUGUCUGUCUUUCUGUUUGUAUGUCUGUAUAUCCGGUUGUUCACGCAUAUCUUUCUCCAUAUAUAUAUACAUACACACAUAAUCAUAAAACCAACGCAACCGUAUGCGCAGAGUGCAAAGAAGACAUACAGUAUUUUGUUUACAUCAGUCAAUACUAUAUUGUUAACAAUACUAUGUCUUGAGUGUUAAACAUGACACACGAUUCAAACACCUUCUUACCUUACAAUAACAAUAUGUUAACUCUAAACAAUAUGAAAAUUCACUUAAGGACUCUUUCACAAAAUAUAAACAACGCCAUUACUCCACAUAUGUAUAAUUGAAACAAAACAGAUUAUUCAAUGAAUGUGUACAUUGUCUUGAACUGAUAUAUUAUGUUUUGUAUAUGUGAAUUGAAUCUAUGUUUGAGACUAUACGAUGCAUGUUUGAGUUGUUAAGAACGACGAGAAAUUCAGUGCAUGUAUGAAUUGUAAAAAAUGAUUCAUAUGCAUAUUGUAUUGAACUGCUAUGGUAUGCAAUGCAUAUGUGAAUUGUAUGGAACUGCUAGAGUAUACAAUGCGUUUGUUAAUUCUAUUGAACUGCUAGAAUAUGCAAUCAAUUUGAGAAUUGAAAAUUUAGUCGAACGGAUGUGUAUUGUAUAAAACUGUUACAGUAUGCAAUGUAUAUGUGAGUUGCAUAGAACUGCUAGAGUAGGAAAUGCAUACAUACAGUGUAAACAUGUAUAUGAUCAUACAAUAUAGUGAUUGUACAAAGCAAUAAAGUUCAAACAUGUUUUACAAGAUAUGCUUAUAUAUAUUAUUUUUUUGAGAGAAAAGAAAAGAACAACAGAGGAAUAGUUAUGAAAAAUGAUGAGUUGUAUAAAGUCGGAAGAAAGCAUACUGGACUUGUGUGUUUUGUUGUAUAUUCACAAUGAUCUUGUCAGAUUGAAAAUUUAAAAUUAAAAAAAACAAAAACAAAACUAUUUUAGAGAGGUAAACUAACAUUAGAGUGAAAUGUGUAUAAGUGGACAAACCAUUAUGAGAAUUUAAUCCGAUUCCAUUUUUGUUCAAAGAUUUGUAAUGUGUCAUUACUGAGGGCUAUUUCUUUCUCAAUCUGGAUUUUUAGUUUAAGACUAUGGACAAAGCAAUUAAAAUUUGGUACUUGUUUUUUGUACUUCAUGUUUAAGAUAAAAUAUUUCAUCAAUAUGACCAUAAAAUUCACAAUAUUAUUACAGUCUAUUGAUUUAAAUGAGUUAAUUCCGAAACUUACAUUUAAGAAAGAUAGUUUAACGUUUAGUUGAUGUUGUUCAAGAAAUGAUAUUAAUUGAUUCCAAAUAGGCUGGAUGUGUUUGCACUCCCAAAAAAAAUGUUCUAUAGUUUCGAUGUUUUAACUGCAGAAGUCACACAGAUUUGAGUUAGAUAAUUUGCAUUUAAAGAGAUAUUUAUUUGUAGCUAUAAUUCUAUGGAUGUAUUUAUAUUGAAAAUUUCUCAGUGUGCUUUCAAUAGUUGCUUUAUAUGGCAUGGUAAAUAUGUGUUUCCAAUUAAGUUCAUUUUCUCCAAAGAGGACUUGCCAUUUAUUUUGGAUUUUGGAGUAUUCUGUAGGGUUUUUAAUUUGUAUUGUGUAAAUUAUGUUAUUUGUUUUGUUUUUUCUUCCAAGUAUGUUUUCUACAAAUGUUGUUUGAGUACAUGGUGUAUUGUUUGUAUUGAUUUCAGAUUUAAUAUGUAUGGGUAUGCUUUUGAUUAGUGUGUAGUACUUCAGAAAAUUAUUCGAAGGUAUUCCGUAUAUGUAGCAUAUAUUAUCAAAAGAGUAGAAAUCCUUAAUUCUGUAGUCAUAUAAUUGGUCGACAUAUUUAAUGCUUCGUUCAAACCAGUCUUUAUAGAAAAAGGUCUUAUUGUUUGAAGUUAUGUCUUUAUUGUUGCAUAAAAUUGUUUUACUGCUGGUUUGGGGUUCUAAGUUAUGAGUGACAUCACUCCACGCUGAUAGAACAUCAGACAGAAAUAUAUUUUCGUUUGCAAUUUCAUGUAAUAUAGUAUUGCUGAUGUUACAUUCAAAGAUUAAGGAGUCACCAUAUUUUUUUAGGAUUUUCUGGUAGAAUAAUUUCCAUUUACUCGUAUUGGUAUUAUCUAGGUAUCUUUUAACCCAGCUGCAUUUGAUUGCAUUCAAGAAUGAGUCAAUGUUCGUUAAUUGGAUGCCUCCAUUUUCUACAGAUUGAAUUAACUGAGUUCUUUUUAUUUUAUCAGGCUUACCGUCCCAUAUGAAAUUAAAUAUUGCUGAUUUUAUAUCGUUAAUAACAUCAUUUGGUGGAUUUGGGAGAACUGUUUAAACAUAUAUUAAUUUAGGAAGUGCAAACGUUUUCAAUACUGCGUUUUUUCCGAUAAGUGUAAGUUUACGAUGAUGCCAUGAUUUUAAGCAGUUUUUAAAAUUCUGUAUUUUAGGUAGUAUGUUUUUAAGAACUGCAUCCUUUUCAUUAUUUGUGAAAGUAAUUCCUAGCGUUGUGGCUUCAUCGGAUGUCCAAUUAAAUUUCAUUUCUUUUUUGUAUUGAACAUUACUUUGUUUUAAUUUACCUACUCGUAGCACAGUACAUAUACUUUUGUUUAGUUUAAGACCCGAUGUCAUUCCGUAAAGGGUUAGCGACUCUAUUAGGUUAUGGAAAGAAUCGUAAUUGUCAUUUAAAAAAUAAGUUGCAUCGUCAGCAAAUAGGGAUUGUUUGAUUUCUUCGUCAGGUUCUAGUGAUAUGCCUUUUAUGUGUUUAUUUGAUUGGAUGUGAUGUGAUAGAUACUCGAUGCAAAUAAUAAAUAGCGAUGAUGAGA